AUGGAUCGAUCAUUGCGUGAAACACGCUGGACGACCAAAACCUUACUGAAUGUUGUCGAGAAGUAUGUCGUUCGAACGGUUAGUUUCAGAAAAAUUCAAAAACAAAGCAAACGUUCAUUUUCAGCGACUAUCUGCGAAAAGCAAAAAAGAACUGGAAGAUGGUCGAAAUGAAGCAAUCUUCAGUCCACAAGAAGCAGUUCCAUAUCUUCAACGUCUCAUGGAUAAAUCAGAAGGAAAACUUGAUAUUUACGGACCUGUUGAGCAACUCAUGAAUGAUAUCACACUUCUAUCACAUUUCCAGAAUAAUGGAGAGUUUCUUGGUUUGAAAGAUCAAUUCAAUUAUCUUGGUUCCCCGAAAUAUAUGCAAGACACAAAAAGAAUGGAAUUUAUGCCGAAGAAUGAUGUUUAUUUUUUGAUUUUCAAGAAUUUCUCCUCAUUUAUUGAUGCAGGUGAUGAAGUUCACAAUCUUCUUUUAAUGUCAUUGGGAAAUGCAAUUUUUCGACAAAUGAAAAACAGCUACGAAAUCAUUCCGACUGAUAUUGUUGAUAGUGUUUGUUCUGCUUCGACUGAUGUUUUCAACUCAUGUAGAUCAAUGCAAUUAAUGACUCGAAUAUCAAAACGAGGAUUGAAAUUAUCAAAUCAUUCAGUUGAUGAAGCAUAUUCGAUUUUCUCGCAGUUUUUCGAUGAGAAAAAUGACAAAGAAUUGUUGGUUAAACUUCGACAACAUUUGAUUGAAUAUAAUAAAACGAAGCCAAUUGGAAAACAUGAGGAAUUCUAUCAAGCACUGUAUUUGAAACUUGUCUUAUUUCAAGAUGCUAUUGGAACUCUUACAAAUAGAUUUCCGAUGGUUUUUCAACCAUAUUCCAAGAUCAAGGUAUCAAAAGCACCUGAAAUUAAAUAUUUCUAAUUUCUUUAUCUUUUUCCAGAAAACGUUAAAAACUCAUUACGCGGUUGUUCGUGUUUUCAACGAGGAAAAUAAUCGAUUUUUCUUGGCCAAAGAUUUGGAAUUUGCACUCACGCUUGCAUUGAGAAACAAAUUCAAGAACAAAAAUUUGGCGGCUGGAAUUUGUCCAAUUGAAACAGCUGAAGAUAAAAAACGAGGAAUUUUGAUGUCUGUUGAUUGGAAAAAGUUUGAGAGCAUUUUAAAAACACUCGGAUUAACUGUUGAUGAUUUGAAUGUGAGUAUUUUGCUGAUAGGAGGAUUUCUGGGGGAAAUUUUUGAUUUUGGAAAUCCCUUUCUAGAGUUUACCUCCAAUAUUCCAGAUAAUCGAACACGAUAUCGAAAGAACAAGUCGAAAUAUCGCAGUUCCAAUCAUUACUCAAUAUGGAACUCAUUGUAAAUUGGCAACUGACGCAUUUUAUGAAGUUUUCGAUAAUGUUUCAACUGGUUUGCAAUUAUUUCAAACUGUCAACAAACAAAAUGUUCCGAAAAUCUUUGAAUGGUUCUCAAAGUUACACGAUGUUUUUAAUGAUACCAGGGUAAUUGUUUUAUUGUUUUUCCUUGUAAGCUUUAUCUUUUUUUCAGAAAACUCGAUAUUUCAUUGAACUUUGGAAAAUUGAUGAAAUCGUUGAGCGAGUUUAUAAGGAACUUGAAGUUUAUUCAACAGAAAAAGUUUAUGAAAUUUCAAAGAAAAUUGAGAAAUUUGAAAAAUCUGAGGCGAUCAAGCAGGUUUUGAAGAUGUCGCCGAAUUUUGGAUUGAAUCCUGAAAAUGUUGAAGCAAUUCAUUUUUAUUUUUUGAAAACUUUUGGAUUGGAAAAUGAUAUUUCGAUGAGAUAUGUGCACAAAAUUUAUGAGCAUUGUGUUAGAUUGCAAUUUUUCGCGGCGAAUCCGAAGGUUUGUGAUUUCGAAAUUUGCUCGAAAAUUAGAUUUCAACAGAAAGUUAUGAAUUCAAACAAUACGAAUUUUCAAACUGCGGCUCAAGAGGAAUUUUUUGUUACACGGAAUGUAUUUAAAUUCAAUGUUCAUUGAAAAUUCUAAUUUUCGGCAGAUUCCGCUAUUGAUCGUUUCAUAUUCCAAAUAAUUUUGAAACAGUGAAAAAUAAUUUUUGUCGAAAAAAUGGAAUUUUUUUGGUGGAAAGAGCUCCAAAUUAUUUUUUUUUUGCAGUACACAAAAUUUAUGCAUAAUCAAGGAGCUUGUGGACUUAUGCGUCGAUUAGUUUGUGAAUGUCAGAAAGAAACACAAAUCCCGAAAACUCCGAUCAAUAAAAUGCCCGAAGUUCUUGAAAUGACAAGAGAAGAAUAUUUGGAAGCUGUUUAUAUCGAAUAUCGAAAUAGAUUUGAUUUCAAACUUGUUGCAAAAAAUGGAAAAAGUUAUGCGGAUAAUGAUUGUUGUUUGGGUAUUGUAAUGGAUUCGAUUGUUGAAAAUGCAGAAGAAAAUCAAAGAGAAAUACUCAAAUUAUCAUUUAAUGAAGAAGCGAAAAAGGAAGAAAUGAAAAAUACUCGCAUUUUUUAUUUUGAAGAGAGUGAAAUUGAGAAGAUUUGUGAGAAAUCGAAUAAAAUGUAUCAAGGUGAGCGGGGAAAAUUUAUUUAUUUUUUAUCUUUCUAAGUUUUCUGAAUAUUUCACCGAAACUUCAUAUUGAUCCAAAAAUUGAAUUGCAUCAUUGUAAAAUUUCCAAAAUUGUUCAUCUUGAUCGCGUUUUUCACGUUUUGCUUGUUUUGCUUUUUUCUCAGCUUCCAGUUUUUGUUUGGCAAUUUUUUGGAGAAAAUCUAACAUUGAUUUUUUGACAUCUGGAAUUGAAAUUUCCGGAUUUAAAUGGAUUCUUGGUGCCAAAGUUUUUGAACUUUUAAAUUUCCACGUGGAUUCUUGGCCCUAUUUUUUCCCUAGGCAAAAAAAAUUAACAGAAAUCUGGUUUCUACCUAAACUCUAGACCCCAUUUCAAAAAUGAUAUCAUACCUGACGAGUUAGGCUUGGGGGUUUUGUCUGUUCCAUUUAUAUCAAUUUUAACCUCUACAAUAUAUGCCCCAAUCAAAUUGGCUGUGAAAUAAUAUUCGCCCAAAUUGUAUUCUUUGAGCUUUGCAUCGAUUUCCUUUUCCAAAUUUGAAAAGGUUUCAAGUGGAUCGGCUGAUGUUUGAAAAUUUGAGAAUGCAUAGAUUAUUAGGAAAAUAUGGAUAAUAUUGAAUUGUAUCAUUUUAGAAAAUGAGCGGUUUUUUCCUGAAUUUUCACGUUGUGUUUCAGUUCACGUUUGAAAUUUUCCUAAAAAUUGUUGAAAUUUUUGCAGAUGUCAUUGAAAAUGCAAUUGAUCGAGUGCGAGCUCAAAAAAACAGUUAUCUUCAAACGCGAGAAAUCAAAUGGUGUGAUGUUCGAAGAGGUCUUUAUGAAAUGUAUCCAAAAUCGGAAAAGAAUGGAGAAAUCAUUGAUAAAGUUAUGAAAAAUUUGAAAACUCAUCCGGGAGCCACGAAAAACGGCAUUUUGUGCAAUUUAAUGACGGAAGUUUUUGAAGUUUGUCGACACGCUCAAAUGAUUUAUCGAUUGAUUUUUGGUGAAUUGAGAAGUUUGACUGAUUAUUCGAAAAAGAAAGAGAAACGAAAGAUUGUGUUGAGAAGUAUGUGUGAGAUGAAAAUUGAAGAUCAGAAGGAAUGGCAUGUUUUUUGUGAUGAGGUUAUGGAAGCAUUUGAAUGUAUUUUGCAUGAGGAAAAUCGAUUUGCAGCGAUGUCUCGUAAGGAAUUUUCAGAUGGGGAAUUUUUUGGGAGUUAGAAUAUUGAACCCGGGAAAUUCAGAAUGUUUUUGAAGCCUAGAAAAUUCUGAAUUUAAAAAUUGACUUGAAUCUUUUUGAUGAGAUUUUAUUUUAAUAAUUUUUCAUUUUUGAAUUUUGACUUUUUCUCAAAAAUUUGAAGAAUCAAACUUUUCCCGAUUUCAAAUAUUUUUUCUGAUAUCUGAAAAGCUGAGAGCUCUAAAAUGCCUCUCUCGUGAAAAAUUCUUGUGAAAAAUACACCAUUUUUGUUCAGAAAUUUGAAAAUGUAGUGUUUUAAACUGAAAAUUUCUUCGUUAGAAUUCCUAAUUGUCUAAAAUAACCCCAUUUUUCCCUCCAGAAAAACUCGAAAAAAUGGAAAUGAAAUGGUAUCGAGCUGAAAAAGCAACAAUCAUAAAAGUCAGCGAAUUCGAGAAAGCAAUGCAAGAAUUGGGAAUUGAGAAGAGCAAAUUCACCCUGGUGCCAGAUAUGUUUUUUGCUCGACAAAUUAUUGAACUUCCUCUUAGAAUGGGUUAUGAUGCUAUUCAUUUGAGAACACCUCAUAAAUUUUCGUGUAUUCAUUAUGCGCAGGUAUUCAGAAAAUCCAGAAAACAGUUCCAACCCAAAUUCUAUUUUUUUUCCAGGCUCAAUAUUUGAUUUUUCAACGCCUUGCUUGUGAUAUCAAUUGGGAUCACAAUGAAAAUAUAAAAGCAAGAGGAAAAUUCCGUGAAAAAAUUCUUUUUGAGAUGAGAAAAGUUGAAAAUGAUGGAGAAUAUUGGCCAUUUGAACAAGUUGAAUUAUUGAUUGAAAAAUUGAUGGAAGAAGAAUAUUAUCAAAAAGAGAGAAGUGUAGGAAUCUUUUUAGAAAAAUAAUUGAUUCGAAAAUUCGAAAAAUUUGCAGAAAAAUGAUCGAACUCCUUUAGCUAUUUGCCAUGAAAAAAGAUAUAAUGAGACGAUUUCGAAAUCCGAAUUUACUGCAUUUUUGGAGCAAAUUUGUCAUGAAAAAUUUGCGGUGACAUUUAGAAGUGCACUAUUUUUGAAAUUGAUGGGAUUUGAUGAAGAAACGGAAAAAAUUGAAGAAAUUGAUGCCUGGAAAAUUCGAUAUGUUUUUAUGAAAUAUUGGAUUGAGAAGUUUUUCGAGGAUGAACCAGAGGUUUGUUUUCUGAUCGGAGCUUUUUGGGUGAAAAAAAUAGCAAAAAUGUGAAUUUUUGAGCCCAAUUUUCACGUGAAUUUUUCAAAGUUCCCCCCAAAAUUUUUUCAGCUGAAAACGAAUGUUCUGAAAGCGUGGACUGUUAGUUUGGCACAUGUGAAUUUGGAAAAAGCUGAAGAUUUCAUCAAAUGGCAAACAACAUUAUCACAAAUGCCCAACAAAUUUGUGAAUUUCGAUGAUUUUGUUUUGACAAUGUUGACGAUGCAGAAAAAUCAGGAAAAUAUUCCGGCAUAUGAGGAAUAUCAAUGUGAGUUUGUUUUCUGGAAAAAGUUACUGUUUCAAAAAAUUUAUGAGUUGAGAAAACUAAUUUCGUAUUGUUGAACAAAACGUAUUGUUUUUCGAGCCAAUUUUUUCAAGUUUCAGAAAAUACUAUUCAAUUUUCAGAUCUUGUUUCUAAACAUCCUUGGACUAUUUUGGCCGAAUCGAAAACUGAUAAAUCAACUACGAAACCUGAACCUCCACCACCGAAAACUGAGACUUCAUCAACUUCAAGUUCGAUUUCGAAUCCAAAAAAAUCAGACAAACCCCACAAAAUGUUUGAAAAAGAAGGAUUGGAUGAAGAAACUCGAGAAAAUUUGGAACGAAUGUUUGGUGAUAUGUUUAGAGAUAAUCCUCAAAUGCAGAAUGUUCAAAUUGUAACUGAUCCCAAAGAUAUUAUGAAAGAAGAUGGAGGAUUUGAGGUUGAAUUUAGAGAUGAAAUUCUUGGAAAAAUGAAAAUUGAAGGAAGACCUGUGGAAGAGAAAGAAGAGAAGAAGGAAAUUGUGAAGAAAUCGAAUUUGGAUGAAAAAGCGGUGGAAAGAACAUUGAAGAAUGUUUUUGAUAAUGUGAAGUUAGUGAAAGAAUUUUGGGACGGGGGAGGAGAAGAUUUAUAGAUUGUCAUUGAUUUAGAGCACAGAAAUUUUUCCGGACUAAAAUCGAAAAAUUCAACGCGAAAUGAAACAUUUCGAGAAAAAUAAUUUUUUCUACAAUAAAAAAUCUACUGUUUCAAAAUUUUCUCACAUUUUUUUACAGUUUCAAAUGUUUGUUUGUCUCUUCGCCUGUCUCUUCGCUUACAUAGUUUCAAAAUCAUAUUUUACAUCUCAAAAAUAAAAAAAAAGUUUUUUUUUCCUACGAAAAAAUCAAAAUUGCAAAAAUUAUAUAAUUUUUGUGACAUCCGAUUACCAAAAAUCAUUCAGAAAUCCAAACUGAAAAAUAUAUUUUCAGCUUGGUUUUGCACCAUAUUUCGUCGCAAAAAUUUAUCGAAAUUCAAGAAUUUGAGGAUUUGGUUUGUGAAUAUUAUGAAAAUGUGAUUUCGAUUGAUGAUUUCAAAAUGUUGCCAAAGGUAGGGGAAACAUUUUCAAAUUUUGACAAAAAAUCGAUUUUUUAAAUUUUGUAGCCUUAAAAGUUGUCUUAUUAAUUUUUAACCCAAAUUUUUCCAGAUCAUAAAAGAGGAUUUGGAAAAGCUGAAAAAGAAGUUUGAAAAUGUUUUUGAGUUCAAAACUCUUAACGGAAAAGAGGUUUUCCGGAAAAUUCGAAAACCAGGAAUGCAUUCAAAACAAUGUUGUGGUUCGGAAUCUGAAGCGGAAUCAGAAGCAGAUUCAAAAUCGAAAUCUGGAACAGAUUCAGAAUCUGAUGACGAGAUGGAAUUACUUCGCAAAUUGCAAGAAAAAUUUGCGACUAUUACGAAAUUGACGGAAGAAAAAGUUGAGCCGAAAUUCGAAAAACAAGAAAAACCGGAGGAAAAAUGCGAAAAUUGUGAAGAAUAUUUGAAGAUGAUCGAGAGAAAUAUUGAGAAUCUAAACGAAUAUGAGAAGAAAAUUGAAGAAGCGACGAAAAUUAAUGAGGAUUUUAAAAAGUUUGUGAUUUUUGAGGGUUUUUUGAAGGUUGGGCUACAAAAAUUCGAGAAACUUCUUUUGGUAUAUUAACUGCGUACUAGUUUUUGACUGAGUAUCUAAUGCUCUGAAAAGUUUUUGGUUUUUGUCAAUUUCUCCGACCAUAGAAAACACCGGGAAAGUACGUUACAAAUUUUGAAUUUAUGUGUUUUCUCCUCAACAUUUCAAUAAUCGAAGUUUCAGAGUAUUCGAAGAUUCUACCACGAAAUAUGAAGGAUUAAUCAGUGCGCUGAAUAGAGAAUUGGAAUUGAAGGAUAUUCUUAUUCAACGUCUUAAUGAACGGAUUGAGUUGUGAGUUAUUUUGGAUUGAGGGAAUAAAAAUUUGAGAUAAAUUCUGAAGAUCCACGUCGAUUUUUAGCACCAAAAUCAGAAAAUUCUAAAUUUUUAACCUAAAAAUUUCACGUUGAUCUAAAUUUUAGGCUGAUUUUCUCUGAAAUAACAUCUCACGUCUAUGUUUCAAAAAAGUUUCCAAAUCCUCGUGUUUUUCAGAGAAUCGGAAUAUAAGAAACGAAAUGCUGAAAUGGAGAAUUUGAAAUGA